GAAACCCGCGUAUAUAGUGAAAAGAUUGUGGGUCGCGUAUCGUACGAUUCCUCUAUGUGAAGAAAGCUGAAAGCGAAGAAGUAUUUUUACCCUCUCUCUCGCGGGGCUUUCAAGGGAGAAGCUCAGAUCCGAAAAACCGUUUUGGCCUUAUUAGUAGCCCUUUUUAUUGAAUUAUUUUGAAGAUUUUUACUGGGUAAGAAGUGAAAUGUCAAGAUUUCGCGUUGAUGGGAAAGUUAUAGAGGGAGUAGACUUACUGAAGAGGCGACAUGGGCUGUGGCGCUUGGAUGUGUGGCCCUUUGCCAUUCUUUAUGCUGUUUGGCUUUUCACUGUUGUUCCCACUAUAGAUUUCAGUGAUGCUUCAAUAGUUCUUGGGGGGCUGGCGGCCUUUCACAUUCUGGUGCUGCUUUUCACUGCUUGGUGGGUGGAUUUCAGAUGUUUUGUUCAGUAUAGUAAGGUGAAGGAUAUACACCAUGCGGAUGCAUGCAAAAUAACCCCUGCAAAAUUCUCGGGUUCAAAAGAAACUGUGCCACUUCAUUUUCGUAGAUCUUCGGCAGGGUCAUCAGCAUCUUCAGCAGUGGAUGCCGAAGAAAUAUAUUUUGAUUUCAGAAAGCAACGCUUCAUUUUUUCAGAAGAGAAGGACACCUUUUGCAAACUCCCUUACCCUUCGAAAGAAACAUUUGGAUAUUAUCUCAAAAAUACUGGCCAUGGAUCAGAAGCUAAAGUUGUUGCUGCCACUGAGAAGUGGGGACGGAAUGCAUUUGAGUACCCACAACCUACAUUCCAAAAAUUGAUGAAAGAGCACUGCAUGGAGCCUUUUUUCGUGUUCCAGGUCUUCUGUGUGGGUCUCUGGUGCUUGGAUGAAUAUUGGUACUACAGUUUGUUCACCCUUUUCAUGCUAUUUCUGUUUGAGUCAACGAUGGCAAAAAGUAGGUUAAAAACACUGACUGAACUUAGACGUGUAAGAGUGGAUGGUCAGACAUUGAUGGUGCAUCGUUGUGGGAAGUGGGUGAAGCUCACUGGAACAGAUCUUCUUCCUGGUGAUGUUGUUUCCAUUGGACGUUCAUCUGGUCAAAAUGGAGAAGAGAAGUCUGUUCCAGCAGACAUGCUUAUUAUAGCUGGAAGUGCAAUUGUGAAUGAAGCUAUUCUCACAGGCGAGUCUACUCCUCAGUGGAAGGUAUCAAUCACAGGUAAGGGGAUUGAGGAGAAGUUAUCAGCUAAGCGCGACAAAAGCCAUAUUCUGUUUGGUGGGACAAAGAUAUUACAACAUACCCCAGAUAAGUCGAUUCAUCUUAAGACUCCUGAUGGUGGUUGCUUGGCCGUUGUUCUGCGAACUGGAUUUGAGACAAGUCAGGGAAAAUUGAUGCGGACGAUUUUAUUUUCAACUGAGAGGGUUACUGCAAACAGCUGGGAAAGUGGGUUAUUCAUUCUUUUCCUAGUCGUCUUUGCCGUCAUUGCUGCUGGUUAUGUACUUAAAAAGGGCUUGGAGGAUCCAACACGGAGCAAAUACAAACUUUUCCUGAGCUGUUCAUUGAUUAUCACCUCUGUUAUCCCCCCUGAGCUUCCAAUGGAGCUGUCAAUAGCUGUUAAUACAUCUCUAAUUGCAUUAGCACGGCGUGGGAUAUUCUGCACAGAGCCAUUCCGGAUUCCCUUUGCUGGAAAGGUCGACAUCUGUUGUUUUGACAAGACAGGAACUCUUACGUCUGAUGACAUGGAGUUUCGAGGAGUUGGUGGUUUGAACAAUAGUUUGGACUUAGAAUCAGAUAUGACUAGAGUUCCUGUCCGCACAGUGGAAGUUCUUGCUUCUUGUCAUGCUUUAGUGUUCGUGGACAAUAAACUGGUUGGUGAUCCUCUUGAAAAGGCAGCACUCAAAGGAAUAGAUUGGAUAUAUACAUCUGAUGAGAAGGCCAUGCCUAAAAAGGGUGGUGGUCAAGCUGUGCAAAUUGUGCAAAGACACCACUUUGCAUCCUAUUUAAAGCGGAUGGCAGUUGUUGUUCGUGUUCAAGAAGAAUUUUUUGCCUUUGUGAAGGGUGCACCAGAAACUAUCCAGGACAGGCUUAUUGAUUUGCCACCAUCAUACAUUGAGACCUACAAGAAAUAUACACGUCAAGGGUCUCGCGUUCUAGCCCUUGCAUACAAGUCUCUUCCUGAAAUGGCGGUUAGUGAAGCUAGAAGCUUGGAAAGGGAUUCAGUAGAGAGUGGCCUCACCUUUGCUGGUUUUGCGGUUUUUAACUGUCCUAUUAGACAUGACUCAGCUUCAAUUUUAUCCGAAUUAAAAGGAUCAUCACAUGACUUGGUUAUGAUUACUGGCGAUCAAGCGCUGACAGCCUGCUAUGUAGCCAGUCAAGUUCAUAUUAUUUCCAAGCCAGCACUGAUUCUAUCGCAAUGGAAGAGUGGUAAAGGUUUUCAAUGGAUUUCACCUGAUGAAACUGAGAUCACUCCCUACAGUGAGCAUGAGGUUGGAGCUUUAUCGAGUUCCCAUGAUCUCUGUAUAGGUGGGGACUGCUUUGAAAUGUUACAGCAGACUUCAGCUGUUCUACAAGUUAUCCCAUAUAUAAAGGUCUUUGCAAGGGUUGCUCCUGAACAGAAGGAGCUUAUCAUGACCACUUUUAAGACAGUGGGAAGGAUGACAUUGAUGUGUGGAGAUGGGACCAAUGAUGUUGGGGCUCUAAAGCAGGCUCAUGUAGGCGUUGCCCUUCUGAAUGCGGUCCCAACACCAGCUCAACCAGGAGAUUCAUCCUCCCAGACCUCCAAAUCCGAGUUGAAAUCAGGUAAAUCAAAGAAGCCAAAGCCCACAGCAGAAUCUGCGAUUGUGGGUGGGGCCCUUGGUCUAAAUGGCGAUGGGCCUGGGAAAACCAGAGCUGUCUCCAAGGUAGAUUCCAGCGCUCCCUCCACGAGCAACCGACACUUGACGGCUGCUGAGAAGCAGCGUCAGAAACUGAAGAAGCUGGUGGACGAGAUGAAUGAAGAGGGUGAUGGGCGGGCCCCACCUAUUGUCAAGCUUGGUGAUGCAUCAAUGGCGUCGCCAUUCACUGCCAAGCACGCCUCUGUGGCUCCUACCACAGAUAUUAUCCGGCAGGGCAGGAGCACCCUGGUGACUACCCUCCAGAUGUUCAAGAUACUGGGCCUCAACUGCCUCGCAACAGCCUAUGUUCUCAGUGUCAUGUACUUGGAUGGCGUCAAGCUCGGUGACGUCCAGGCUACCAUCAGUGGCAUCUUCACUGCUGCCUUCUUCCUCUUCAUCUCUCAUGCCCGCCCCCUCCCAACACUCUCAGCUGCCCGGCCCCACCCUAACAUAUUCUGUGCCUAUGUCCUCCUCUCCCUCCUAGGCCAAUUUGCGGUCCACAUAUUCUUCUUGAUCUCAGCCGUCAACGAGGCCGGGAAGUACAUGCCAGAGGAGUGUAUCGAGCCUGACUCCGAUUUCCACCCGAACCUGGUGAACACCGUGUCAUACAUGGUGAACAUGAUGAUUCAGGUGGCCACGUUUGCUGUGAACUACAUGGGCCAUCCCUUCAAUCAGAGCAUACCAGAGAACAAGCCAUUCUUGUAUGCGCUGUUGGCUGCUGUUGGAUUCUUCACUGUCAUCGCCUCGGAUCUGUUCCGGGACUUGAACGACUACUUGAAGCUGGUCCCGUUGCCAGAGGCAAUGCGAGGGAAGCUUCUCAUUUGGGCGUUUCUUAUGUUUGCGGUCUGCUUUGUAUGGGAGAGGACAUUAAGGUGGGUGUUCCCAGGCCGCAUCCCAGCCUGGCAGAAGAAGCAACGGCAGGCGGUCUCUACCUUACAGAAGAAAGGCGUGUGAUCACCAUCGGAUUUAAAAAAAAGAAGGGCGAUCUGAUCCUGCAAAAGCAAUCGCCUAUGGAUGGUGCGGCGGCCCAGCGUAAGGGUAACAGUUGAAGAUGACAUGUGAAAUUUUUGUUGGGUUAAUUCCCUCUUUGCUUAGAUAAAAUCUACUUUAAUUUUAUUUGGAAAAUAUUUUUCCUACUCAUUUACAUGAUUGUGCUGAAAGGGAAAUGGUUUUGCGAAGGAUAUUAGAGGUUAGGAUGUGUAAAUUCAGACAACCACACACCAGUAACAAGGAGAAUUGAUCAUUUAAAAAUACGAUUUCAUAUUGUUGAACCAAUGAAUGUAUCACUUUCUGAAAAAACCAAGUGAAAUUUUUGAAUGAUCUGUAUCAUUUUGAAGAAUUAACGGGAAAUUUUCGUACCUUUUGAUC